AUGUCUGACGGCGGUACCGACAUCGCAGUUUAUGCCCUAUAUGCCGCCUCCCCCGACGAGCUCAAAGCGAUCUCUACCGCUUGCAUGAAGACCAGCGCAAAGCCAGCAUACGGCGGAAACACGUCCCAGUAUAUGGUUCCCGCGCCCCAGCCCCAGCACCCCACCGUCGACGCCGUCGUCGAGUACCACCGUGCGCUGGACAAGGCCGGCAAAUGGGAUCCGAAUUACUUUGCGAUCGCGGAGACCCCGGAGUGGCGCGAGAAGGGCAUCCUCGCAGUGACGCUGUCUAAGUAUGAUUUCGAGGACACCGGGGACGACAGGGAGGACGACGCGCGAGCGAGGGGAUAUGACACCCAUCGCUUCAAGCCUUCGGCGAUCGGAAUCAUGUUCAUCAACCUGCAGAUUGCGAACAUGGACUGGGUGGAGCACAAGGACUGGGAUGAUGUCCAGGCGGGAGCGCCUAGCUCUGACGACGAGGAGGAUGACGGAGAGGGCGAUGUUGACGACGAGUGA